AUGUCUAAAAUAAAUCCUGUUAUACCUUCUGAUAUUAAAAUUAUUUCUGAUAAUGAAACUAUAUCAGAAAGCGAAUCUUAUAAAUCAUUAGAUGAACAUGAACAAAUAGCCUUUUUUACAAGAAAUCUUUCGGUUACAGAGGUUAUACAUUCAGCUUUUCCUAUUAAAUAUUCAAAGACUUCACCACAAGGUGUAGCUACUAUUUUCAAUAUUUCUAGUUAG